ACGUCACUACGCGGCGCCGCCAGAUCCGGGGACCGCGCGAAGCCUCACUUUCCCGGAAUCCCGGCCGCCGGUGACCGGAGUGGGGAAGUUGGGAGAGGGCGCCGAGCAAAAGUCCCACCCGGCGUGGGGCUGGUGUGCGGGUCGCCGCGGGAGAGAGGCGCGGAAUAAAAGGGAAGCAAUGCAGAAAUCAGAGUGCCAUGGAGUUGUACAGUUGAGAAACAGAAAGGCAGGUAGCUGUGAUCAAAGGACAUCAUCAAGCAUGCAAAUAAAACACAGGACUACAGUUCAACAAAGCAACUCCUCAUCUUCAACCAGUUCUCCAGAGACUGCAAGAAAAGUUCAUCCUCGACCAAGUGAUAAACUUAACCCUAAGACCAUUAACCCUGUAGCUAGUGACAAAAGGCAUAUGGUAAUCAUGAUGAAGAAUGGAAAUGAUACAUGUAAUUCCAGCUUCCUUCAAGCCUUCCAAAACAAGUUUGGUGAACAAUCACGAGCUCCUUCUGCAUUUGCAGCCAUUUACUCUAAGGGAGGGAUUCCUUGCAGAUUGGUCCAUGGUUCAGUGAAACACAGAUUACAGUGGGAAUGUCCUCCUGAAAAUCUUCCAUUUGAUCCUCUUCUUAUUACUUUAGCUGAGGGUUUGAGGGAGACUAAACAUCCAUACACCUUUGUGUCGAAGGAGGGUUUUAGAGAAUUGCUGUUGGUCCAAGGAGCUCUUGAGAAAGCUGUACCUUUGCUUCCAAGACUGAUUCCUGUGCUAAAGGCAGCUCUGGUCCACAUGGAUGAUGAAGUGUUUGCAAGAGGACUGAAUGCUCUCGUGCAGCUGAGUAUAGUCGUUGGUCCUUCUCUAAAUGACCAUCUGAAACAUCUGCUUACAAGUCUUUCCAAGAGAUUGAGGGAUAAGAAAUUCAAAGAGCCAAUCACCAGUGCAUUACAGAAGCUAGAACAGCAUGGUGGGAAUGGAAGCCUUAUCAUCAUCAAAUCCAAAAUUCCAACAUACUGCUCCAUAUGCUGUUGAAGAAGGGAGCCCACAGAAAUAUUGUUACUCCCUGGUGACAGGUGUUAAGUGGUGACCAUAGGUACCUUUGGAACCUUUUCAGAUUUACUUCCGUUUAUUCUUCUGUCAGUCACAGCCACUGUUCAUUAUUUACUUCAUUAAGAUGAGUAUACAGUACCACUGAAUCAUAGUAAAAGUUAUUUCAACAACAAAAAUAGUAUGGUCAAUGAUGGAAAACUAUUAAAAACAGUUCUAUAAUAGUACAAUUUUGUGGGGUUGGUUUUUCAUAUUUUACAGUUUGGUAUGAACAACCAUUAUUGGGUUAUAGCAGAUGUGUUUGUAUUUAUUUUCUAGUGCCUUUCUUUAAUAAUAGCCCUUUUCACAAUCAUUUUGUAGCUGUGUACUUAUUUUUAGACGUUUUGUCAUUUCUUGGGUUUUAUAUUUAUCAAUGCUAUAGAAAUUUAAAGUAGUGGACAAACAUUUGUGAAUUCACUGUUAAUUAUUGUCUGUAAAUAUGUAUUUUAUGGUGUAGGAUACUUGGAAAAAUUUCAUUCCAGAGUAUUCUAGUUUAAGACAUUUUUUAAAAUAUGUAAAUUCUCUUUUAAGUAUGUUAUUUAUUACACCUCUUUAAAACUAUCUAAACUUUAGGAGUUGUUUAUAUUUAAGUAAAUGUUAUUUUUGUAUCCCAUAGUCUGAAAAUACUGGAGAUACUCAUUUCUUGAAGAUACUCAGAAAUUAAAAUCUUAAAACUCUUAAAUGUA